GAAAUGUGGGUAUGCAGGCUCAAAUUUUCCGGAACACAUCUUUCCAGCUUUGGUUGGAAGACCAAUUAUAAGAUCAACUGCCAAAGUGGGAAACAUUGAAAUCAAGGAUCUUAUGGUUGGUGAUGAAGCAAGUGAAUUACGCUCAAUGCUGGAAGUUAACUACCCAAUGGAGAAUGGCAUAGUCCGGAACUGGGAUGAUAUGAAGCACCUCUGGGACUACACAUUUGGACCAGAAAAACUUAACAUCGACACGAAAAACUGUAAAAUACUACUCACAGAGCCUCCCAUGAAUCCAACAAAAAACAGGGAGAAGAUUGUAGAGGUAAUGUUUGAGACAUACCAGUUUUCUGGAGUAUAUGUAGCCAUUCAAGCUGUUCUUACUUUGUAUGCCCAAGGCUUAUUGACUGGUGUUGUUGUGGACUCUGGAGAUGGUGUAACUCACAUUUGCCCAGUCUAUGAAGGUUUCUCUCUUCCUCAUCUUACCAGACGACUAGACAUUGCUGGGAGGGAUAUUACCAGAUACCUCAUCAAGCUGCUCUUGCUGCGAGGAUAUGCCUUCAACCAUUCUGCUGACUUUGAAACUGUUCGUAUGAUCAAGGAAAAGUUAUGCUAUGUGGGAUACAACAUUGAACAGGAGCAGAAACUGGCCUUAGAGACCACAGUACUAGUUGAGUCCUAUACGCUCCCUGACGGCAGGAUUAUCAAAGUUGGUGGAGAGCGAUUUGAGGCACCAGAAGCUCUGUUUCAGCCUCACUUAAUCAAUGUAGAGGGGGUUGGUGUUGCUGAACUGCUGUUUAAUACAAUCCAGGCUGCUGACAUUGACACCAGGUCUGAAUUCUAUAAGCACAUUGUAUUGUCUGGAGGUUCCACUAUGUACCCUGGGCUGCCUUCACGACUGGAACGUGAACUUAAACAGCUAUACCUGGAACGGGUUCUGAAAGGAGAUGUGGAAAAACUCUCUAAAUUUAAGAUCCGUAUUGAAGAUCCACCUCGUCGAAAGCACAUGGUGUUUCUGGGUGGUGCAGUUCUAGCCGACAUCAUGAAAGACAAAGACAACUUCUGGAUGACUCGACAAGAAUACCAAGAAAAGGGAGUGCGUGUGCUGGAGAAGCUUGGUGUGACUGUUCGAUAAACUCCCGACCUUGUUCCCGUCACAUGUCUAAAGCUUUUAUUCCUUCAUUGCCAGUCUUUGAACUCAUUCAGCUACAUGACAUGGAAAGGCCUGUCUGUGCCCUUUGACCCAAAGGUCAGGUUUUGUUCUGGCUUCUUGGGGUAGCUUUUGUUAAAUGUUUGUUAAUAUGGCUAAAUUUGACCACUUCCCUGCAAACAAAACAGAGCAAGAGCAGCCUGUCUACUGCAUUGUUCCUUCUCAGGAAGGCAAUUCUGGUAGGCUUUUUUCUUCUGGGUUUAUUGCUGUAGUGCUGCUGGCGUUUGUCUCUAGCUCACUGGGGGUGGUGCCUUUCUUAGCAUAAGAAAACCUGUCAGCAGCAGCUUUUACCCUCACGCUAUUGUGGUGUUUACCUUUGCAUCUUUGGCCUCCAUCUCCAUUGGCAUUUUUUACCACAAUUAGGAAUUCUGAUUAAAACCACAGUUAGAAACUGGUUUAACCAACCAAAAUGGCUUUCCACACGGUUCCAACAUAACUGGACUCCAAAUGUACUGUCCACUUAAACUGUGUUAAAAGGCAGUUUAUCUGCAGCUGUCUGACAGAAUUCCUAAACAAAAUGACAGUCAGUGGGGCUUUUCGUGGUGCGUUUCUUCAGAAUGGCUGUCUAAGCAGUUAUUGCCACAAACCAACAAAUAUCAGAAACCUCCAGUAUUCUGACAAAUUUAAAUUCUUAGCCUUAUAGUUUCUUGGUGUUGUAUAGCUUCACUGCUAGGGGACACUGGGGGUCAACUUUAUUUAGAAAUACUCUUCUUUUUAUAGUUAAAUUUUGGUACCAUGAUGUGUCUAUGUAAUAGAGAGCAAGAGCUGUUAUAUUAUCGAUUCCAUUUAAUUGGGUUUGAGGCUUUGGCUAAGAAAUUUUAGAGCAGUUGGGUCUGGAGUCUAAAUCUUAAUCUAUUGAAAAAUAACAUUUUAAAAAAAUGCUUGUAAUAAUUCUAAUUCGAUACAAUAAAAUACCCCAACAAACCGAGUUGUAAAUGCUUGUUGUAAGCGCUUUUGUGUACCUCAGAAGCGCUUCUAUUAAAAAUUUGCAAGUACGUGAAUCCAGUGCCAAGUAGUUAUUGCAAAUGAAUCUUUCAUCUUAACUGACCAAUGUUUGUUUAAAUAAAGCAAGUAGAUAUUUAUAACAACCACUGGCAGUAGGUUAUGAAGAAUGACCUAUAUUUGUUGCAGUUAAAAAUAACAUUGACGUGAGACUUGUUGCUAGUUGGUAAAUAUCCACAAUUCACUCUGUCUAGUCUUGAUUUUUGAUACUUAUGGGG